CGAUGAUGACGAAUGGUGACAAUGAUGGAGCCUAUCAGGCAUUGGCGUUUCACCAGGAUCAAUCUCCACUGGAGUUCAUUCGCCUUUUAAGACGGCGAUUUUUUUUACGCCCAUUGUGAAAAUACCAACCUGCUCUCAUUGCUGACACCAACUCCCUUGCUAGCUGGAAUAUCGAUGACCUGGACAGGAAGUCUGCUUACCCGCCUGCUUCCACUGAGCCUUGCAGUGCUCAGUAUCAUCUUCUAUUUCUCGAACAAUUUUCUCUCCGUCAUGACUUCUCCUGUGUCCACCCCUUAUUCUGUCCCGCGUGUCUCAAUCGCCGCGACCCGCGACGUCCUGGGAACCGGUGAACCUUGCGAGCUCGAGGUCGCCGUCCAUAACGAUGACGCACAGUCGACCAUGACGGUCCUGGGCUGGAAUAGCCCGCUCGACAAGAUGGCAGUCAUUCUCGGAGUAUACGAGAUACGUGAUCGCGAGACGGGUGAAGUGGUCGAAAUGGACAGAAUACAGGUCUCCAGACUACUUCCCCCACCUCCCGAGAGUUUGGUUGAAAUUAAGCCGAAGGAGUCGGAGAAGCUGCAUGUCGUCCUGAAGGGCGUUAACCUGCCUCCAGGCCGCACGUAUACGAUCCGUGCUGAGGGAUGGUGGCAGUCAGUCUGGCAUUUACCCAAGGAAGAGGUGAUUUCAAGAUACUUAGCAGAUCAGUCCGGGGCCAUUUCUGGGGAUUUCCUGUCCAAUACCGUCGAGGUUACACAAUCCUAGGAAUAGCACCAAGACAUCCUUUUUACUGCUUAUUUGCCGCCUUAUGCGGCUGGUUAUGCUUCUGACUUUGUGUGUAACUGCGAUUAAUUCGAACCUUUUAUUUUAACACUGAA